AUGGACGUCUGCUGCUUAUGUACUACGUGGACCCUUGCAGUUGGCGCUGCUAUGCUGUGUGUUCUUUACGUGUUGUCCAAACAGUUUGUGUUCAGGAAAGGCAACCCUCCGCCCGGGCCUCGAGGAUGGAAGGGUUUUAUGGAGAUUUUACAAGCUAACCGUGACGACUCUCUGUACGAGGCAGCCUGGGGGUGGGCGGAAAAAUAUGGAGACUUGACGUUCUACACAGUAUUAGGCAAACCCAUGUGUAUGUUACACUCGGCAGAUAUUGUUCGGAGAGUCUUCGGCUCAGACGAGUACAAACUGCUCACAUCUGACCGUGAGCCUACAGUGGUGUCUGAAUUUGCGUGGUAUAACGGGAAGGAGCUUUUCUUCACACCUUAUAAUUCCCAAACUAGACAGAAAAGAACUUUGUUCCACAAGAUAAUGGGAAUCUACGGGGAAGGUGUGGACAAGUUUGAGAGCGUCGUUAGUAAAGAGCUUGAUCGCGUUUUGGAGGAGAUGGACACUGCUAGAGUUACUGACCAGGAUAUACCCAUGCCUCAGAUUUUGUCGAGAUCUCUGAAGAUUAUUUUGUACGUGCUGGUCAAUUGUGACAUCGAUCCUGCAAGACUCAGCAUCGACGUCACCGAUACAUUGGAGCGCUACGACAUUGCAGUAAACCGGAUGCUCGACGUACAAACUCUCACAGCCCUCACUUUCUUCCCGCCACUGCGCAAGGUCGGCAAAUACAAGAAAAUUUGCGAUGACGUCACUGAGAGCAAAAUUGAGGCUGAGAAAAUCAUGUUUGAAGACCUUAAGUUUCUGGCAAACUCAUGGCUCUUCCAUCAUGACCCUAAAAUCUGGGACGAUCCCUGGAAGUUCAAGCCUGAACGAUUUUUAGAUGAGAGUGGAGUCAUACUGCCAGCCAAUCAUCCAGUGCGCAAAAAGAUUCUGCCCUUUGGACAUGGGAUCAGAAUGUGUCCUGGUGAGGCGUUUGCCAGAUCUCGUGUCUUCCUGUUCGUUGUGUCGAUCCUCCAGAAAUUUGACCUCUUUCCUCCGGAGAACGAACCUCUACCAUCCUGUGACCCGAGAGACAACCUGAAGGGGGUCAUAAGACAGGCACCACCGUUCAAGUGCAGACUGAGGAAUCGCCGAGAAGCUGAGACAAGUAAAGAGUGA